CAGCGUACGUGGUAAACGAUCUCCACUUGGCAAUUUAGCUCCCCACCAGCACCAGCUUCCCUCCGUCCAUUUGUCCACGAUGAUGAAUGGCGACGUCCUCCAGCCCACCAACUCAUUGGUGGGACCAAUGCUCACCGAUUUGUACCAGAUCACUAUGGUCUAUGCGUACUGGAAGGUGGGGCGCCACAACGACCACGCCGUGUUCGACCUGUUCUUCCGCAAGAACCCAUUCAACGGCGAGUACACAGUGUUUGCAGGGCUAGAGGAAGCGCUUGCAAUGGUCAACACGUUCAAGUUCACGGCAGCCGACAUCGCGUAUCUUCGUGAAGUGCUGCCGCAUGCCGAAGAAGGCUUCUUCACUUGGCUCUCGACGCUCGACUGCUCUAGUGUUAAGGUGUAUGCUAUCAAGGAAGGCUCCAUCGUCUUCCCACGCAUCCCUCUCGUGCGUAUCGAGGGUAGUUUGGGCAUCGGCCAGCUGCUAGAGACGCCACUACUCAACCUGCUCAACUUCGCCAGCCUCAUCACUACCAACGCCACGCGCUUCAAGAAGGCAGCGGGUCCUGACAAGAAACUACUGGAAUUCGGUCUGCGUCGUGCUCAGGGACCGGAUGGCGGUCUCAGUGCCUCGAGAUACUCGUACAUGGCUGGCUUUUCGGGCACCAGCAACGUGCUGGCUGGCAAGCUGCACAAGAUCCCCAUCAUGGGCACACAUGCACAUGCGUUUGUGCAAGCGCAUACGACACUGGAUGACGUGAAGGUCACUAUGCUGGACGGCAAGAACUUCCUAGACAUCGUGCUCAAAUACCGCACCGAGCUCGGCCACACACAUACCAACGAUGGUGAGCUUGCGGCUUUCAUCUCGUACGCUAUCGCAUUCCCCGACGCUUUCCUGGCUCUAGUGGACACUUACGACACGCUUUCGUCUGGUGUACCAAACUUCGUCUGUGUCGCUCUAGCCUUGCACGAGUUGGGCCACAAGCCGGUCGGUAUUCGUCUUGACAGUGGCGAUCUGUCGUACCUUUCAAAGCGCUGUCGUGCAGCCUUCGUAGCCGCUGGUGAAUCUUACGGCAUCGAGUACUUUAAAGAGCUGAACAUCACGGCCAGUAACGAUAUCAACGAGCCGGUGCUGAACUCCCUGAACGAGCAACGUCACGAGAUCAACUCGUACGGCAUCGGUACCCAUCUUGUGACUUGUCAAGCGCAGCCUGCACUCGGCAUGGUGUACAAGCUCGUGGAGAUCAACGGAGAGCCACGUAUUAAGCUGUCUCAGGACGUGAGCAAGGUGACGAUCCCUGGACGUAAAGAAGCCUUCCGUCUGAUUGGUGCCAAUGGCAAACCGCUGCUUGAUCUGAUGACCGGAUGCAACGAGAAGGCCCCGGAGGUGGGCAAGAAGAUGCUGUGUCGGAAUGCGUUCGAUGAGCUGCGUCGCGCGUACGUCACGCCAUCUCAGGUCAUCCCGCUGCACAGUCUGUACUGGGACGGUCCCAACGGCGGCCUUGUGGGCGAGCUGCCGACUCUGGAGGAGCGACGUCAGUACGUGACGGAGCAGUUCGAACUGAUCCGUGAAGACGUGGUUAGAUCGCUCAACCCGACACCGUACAAGGUGUCGGUGUCCAACGAGCUGUACGAGUUUAUCCACGACCUGUGGAUGAAGGAGUACCCCGUGAAAGAGCUGGAUUAAGUGUCUGCUCCAACUGCUGCUCGCCACGGCAACAGGGAUAGGAAGUGGCAAUCAUCAUGUCAAUUGUUUUAAACUGUUCUACUUGUUCUUUUUGGCUUUGAGUUGCUGACGGUAUUCAGCUCUUUUGACGAUCACCACCAUAUCCACCAUGUUCUUCAUGCUCAGCAGCUACAGAACACAAAAAGUUAGACAAGGAUGUAGUUACUUCCCCAAUUUGCCAUCAUGGAUACCCACCAGUUGGAAGAAACCUGCAGCUAAGAGCGGCCCCGCGUAGAAGAUGCCCAUGAAGACGCCCUGCUCGUCGAAAUAUCGCUGCGUGGUGAAUAGGCGCCAGUUCUCCCUUGCCCACUUGUUGAGUGUCUCGGUGCUCACCACCAUCAAGAUGAUGAGCACGAAGAGCGCGAACUGAGUGUACAGCCGCUUGCGCGUGAGCCAGAGUGUAGCCAAGAGCACCACGUGGAAGAUGAGAAGCCCCACGAUAAGUGGUUCCGUCCAGUCCACGGCUUCGUACCAUUUAACCAUGAGAUGGCUGUACUUGGAGCGCAGGUCGCGCUCCAUCUGCGCCGCUAUGUGCUCCAUUUUCGUCGAAUGAAUCAAAGAGCACAAAUAUCGAAGAGAUGGCUACAUUUGGAGAAAAUGGCUACACUACAAACGCUGCAAGAUUCGCUACGGGUGCGAGUCUUGCAACCAUUGGAAGCGGAAUGUGAAGUCGGCUCCUGCAUAAGCAGUUAGCAGGCUGCGUAGAGAUGGAUGCAUCACUGCAAAUGAGACGUACCCAUGUGCUCGAGUUGAUACUGCAGCAGGGCCAAAAUCGUAAGAAGCAGCUUUGCCUGCACCGUAAUGAUUUGAGUCUCGAGCACAAACGCAAGCUGGUACAUUGGUGAAAAGGAAAACUUGCGUUGCAGGACAAGAUUGAGUAGAAUAAGCGACCCAAUUUCCAAUAUUGCGGAAACCAACACGUUCACAAUUGCUUGUGUUCCCCAAUUGCCGGCUCCUCCCGGAAAAUAGUCGAUAUUUGGUAGCUGCUCGAGCACCGACUUGUAGAUCACGUAUAUAAGUGGAACAAUACACUCGACGUACUCGACC